CCAAAAUAUGAAUGUAGUGAGAGUACUUUACUUUUGCAAAUAUGUUUCACAGAAGUGUUUAUAUAUAUAAUAUAUAUAUAUAUAUAUUCUACAUCGUCUCUCAAAAGUUAGAUGUUAAAUACAUGCUAAAAAAUGAGAAGCUUUCUAUCCACAAGAUAAGAGACACGCUGCACAGCCCCCAUACAUUCAAAGGGGUAAUUGCCUCAGAGCUGGAAGUCCUCAGUUGGUUUUGUGACUUUUAUGGCACCAAGGCGCGUUUGACGCAUUCUUUAGUAUGAUGCCCCUUCCCCCCUCCUUUUUCGGGUUCUUUUUCUCCACUGAAAUGAUCAAUACAUUACAAAUGUGGAAAGGAAAAGCACAGACGUUUCCCCUUUAGCGCCAUGAAAGCCCGAGGAAAUUAGAGAAAGGAAAUACAAACAAACAUUAAGUAGAUAUCUGAAUAACAAAAAGACAGUCUAGUCCUUACGCCACAGUGGAAUAUUCUGACUGAUCGCAAAGCUGUGAAGAUGACUAUUAAAAUACUAAUAAAUAUCAGCACAUUUAGUUUCGGUUGUCUGCAUAUACGAAGGAUGAAAAAUAAAUAAAAGGAAGACAAACUAAAUUUGCGUAGAUAACAACAUAACAUGCAAACUGCAGCAUAUAUCUGCAAUUAGGUCCUUGGUCAUGUGUGUGUGUGUGUGUGUGUGUGUGUGUGUGUGUGUGUGUGUGUGUGUGUGUGUGUGUGUGUGUGUGUGUGUGUGUGUGUGUGUGUGCGUGUUUUUGUGAUUUACGAGGACAAUUUUGUAAGUUACAAAUUAGUAAUUACAAGGGUAUUAUGCUAUAAAUGUGAUUUAUGAGGACAUUUGUAGUGUCCCCAUAAUUCAAAUCGCUUAAAAAUCAUACUAAACAAUGUUUUAUUGAAAAUGUAGAAAUGCAGAAGGUUUUCUGUGAGGGUUAGGUUUAGGGGUUGUGUUAGGUUUAGAGGAUAGAAUCUAUAGUUUAUACAGUAUAAAAGUCAUUAUGUCUAUGGAAAGUCCUCAUAAUGAUAGGUAGACCAACAUGUGUGUGUGUGUGUGUGUGUCUGUGUCUGUGUCUGUGUGUGUGAGGUUAAAAUUGUAGUUAUAACGCGAACAUAAGAUAAAUUUAUGACGCCAUGAAGGUUUAACUGUAUUAAUGAUUAGGAUAUCAUGUUAUAUUCAAGGUAUCAAUGUGCACAGUUUGGUCUACGUCACAGGCAGUCAGCAAGUGUAAAAAUGUAUCGUUCAGGUAAUUGAUAGAUAUUACAUUUUACUCAUUGUAAAAUACAUCAACACUUCUUCAAAUACUUCCAGAAACUCAAUCACAAUAUACGUAGACAGGCUUAAGUAACGUGAUUCAAUGAGACCAGGUUGCUUAUUUCAGCACACAAAACAAGCUUACUGAUGAAUGCACACAAAAAAACGCAGGAAUGUGAUUCUGUAUUUCUCUAUGUAUGAGUGUGUGUUUAUUUAAACAUUAUCAACUGAAACCACGGGGAUAAGAAGCUACAAGCUCGAUAUUCCUCCGUACACAGCGCAUUCAAUUGGCUGAAAGUGGUCAGGUGACGCUGUCAUAUUGUCCUUCCACGAGCCAAGCGUUGGCUAUAACACUUGGUUUGCGCGUCUAAACCGGAGACUGGAAAUUAAUAUUAUUGAAUUCCUUCUGAAGUUCAUUUUAAAGAGAGUUAGGAAACCAGACGGGAGACGUGUGUAUGUGACAAGAGGAAGCAGAUUCCAAAGCACAACAAAAUAGAGUGUAAGAUUGAGAAAGCAAAAAGAUAGGAGGGUGAGUUGAUGAGAGGGCGAUAGGGAAGGUAUGAAUUCGUAUUUCGCGAACCCGUCGCUCUCCUGCCAUUUAUCUGGUGGGCAAGAGGUUUUGCCCAACAUGCCACUGAACACGACCACGUAUGAUUCCGUCAGACAUUUUUCAUCUUAUGGCACUACGGUGACCCAAAACCGGAUUUAUGCGUCCCCUUUCUAUUCACCUCAAGAUAACGUUGUGUUUGGAUCAAGUCGAGGACCGUACGAGUAUGGAUCUAACGUGUUUCUCCAAGAUAAGGAUGUGCUUCCCAGUUGCAGGCAAACUAGUAUGGGACUCAAUGCGCAGAGCCACGUUGCCCAGGAUUACAACCUGGAACAUGCUCGUGCAGGAACACAAGAACAGAAAGGGAACAUUCAGAUCUACCCAUGGAUGCAGCGUAUGAACUCGCACAGCGGAGUUGGGUACGGGUCAGACAGAAGAAGAGGUCGCCAGAUUUACUCCAGAUACCAAACUUUGGAAUUGGAAAAAGAAUUUCACUUCAAUCGAUAUUUAACCAGACGCAGACGUAUCGAGAUCGCCAACGCUCUGUGCCUAACCGAGCGUCAAAUCAAAAUCUGGUUCCAGAACCGGCGCAUGAAAUGGAAGAAAGAGACCAAUCUAACUUCUACUGUACCUGGGACCGAAUCGACGGGUGCUUCUCGGGAGACCGAGAAGGAGACCGAGGAGGAGACAGAGGAAGUUAAAAAAAAAGAUUAGGCUAUCCUUUUUCUCGUUCUCGAACGUUAACUGCAACGUAACUACCUAAACUCAGAAAAUUGCAAAUAUUAAUGCAUGGACCGUAUACUCUGCUAUUCCUUUGACCGCCUCCUCCGACUUCCACUCCAUACUAUUACCACCAUGCCACUAAAAUAUACACACGUAGAAACAAACGGGGAAAUUAAGAGUGUCGCAAAUGCACCAUUGUGCAAUACUUUUUGAAUAGAGAAUAGUUCUUGUUUGUCUGCGUGGUCAAAAAAAAAAGCUACAGAUGAUCUAUUUGUGUGGUUGACAGCUCUAGUAUUAUCAUGUUGCUAGGGCUAGUAGAAAAUCACUCCAAAAUGUAUUCAAUUUUGAUAAGUAAGCUACGUUUCCCCUUUCCCCAACUAACUCAGCCUCCAAACAGCUCCCAAAGCAUUCCACAAGUGAAGGAAACUUCUUGUAUGCACAUUCUGUGUUUUUGUCCAGACGUAUUUGUACAAUGAUGCAAGCACUGACGGGAUGAACUAUACUACCUAGAUGCAUUCAAUUUUCAUAUUAUUGUUUUCUUAAUAUUGCCUUUGCCUCGCCAGAUUUUUGAUGUUCAAAAUGCCACUGUACUGGCACAUUAACUUUUGAAAGAAUUUCAAAAUUACAUUUCAUGAUACUUGUAGCUGUAUGCAUUUACAAUUGUCUUAAAGUGAGAAUCACACCCAUAUGAAUUCAAACAUAUACCUUGUAAGUUGGUACACAAUUAUAUUGUUUGUGUAAACUGUGUAUUAUUUAAUAAAAUUCUUGAAAGAAAACGCUGUAUUGUCCUAAUG